CCGGUCUUUGUGACUCAUUGUGUCUGUGGCGAGGUGUUGGGAGGGCCUAGGUCGGUGUGCAGUGCCCUUCGGCCGGGUUGAACCUGGGAGUCAGCCGUGCUUGGUCGCCCGGCGUCCCCAGGCCGCUCCGGAGACUCACGGAACCGUGCAGGAACCAAUAGAAGAUAGUUGCUAGGACAGAAACUGCAGCCUGACCCUGUUGGACCCCACCUAAAUGAUGACUGCUGAGUCAAGGGAAGCCACGGGUCUAUCCCCACAGGCUGCACAGGAGAAAGAUGGUAUAGUCAUUGUGAAGGUAGAAGAAGAAGACGAGGAAGACCACAUGUGGGGGCAGGACUCUAGCCUUCAGGAGACGCCACCACCCGACCCAGAGGUGUUCCGCCAACGGUUCAGGCGCUUCUGUUACCAGAACACUUUUGGGCCUCGAGAAGCUCUAAAUCGACUAAAGGAACUUUGUCAUCAGUGGCUUCGACCAGAAGUCAACACCAAGGAACAGAUCUUGGAGCUGUUGGUACUGGAGCAGUUCCUGUCCAUCCUGCCCAAAGAGCUGCAAGUGUGGCUGCAGGAGUACCGGCCUGACAGUGGAGAAGAGGCCGUGACUCUUUUGGAAGACUUGGAACUUGAUCUGUCAGGACAGCAGGUCCCAGGUCAAGUUCAUGGGCCUGAGAUGCUGGCCAGGGGUGUGGUGCCUCUGGAUCCAGUUCAGGAGUCCUCAAGCUUCGACCAUCAUGAAGCUGCCCAGUCUCAUUUCAAGCAUUCGUCUAGAAAGCCUCGUCUCUUAUCAUCCCGAGCUCUCCCUGCCACCCACGUUCCUGCCCCUCAGCAUGAGGGGAAUCCCAGAGACCAGGCGAUGGCAUCUGCACUAUUGACCGCAGAUUCCCAGGCAAUGGUGAAGAUCGAGGACAUGGCCGUGUCCCUCAUCCUGGAGGAAUGGGGAUGUCAGAACCUGGCUCGGAGGAAUCUCAAUAGGGACAGCAGGCAGAUGAAUUUGGGGACUGUGUUUUCCCAGGGUUCUGAGAACAGGAAUGGAAGUGAGUCAACCUCAAAAGCUGAAGUCAAAGGAGAUUCCACCUCACAUGGGGAGAUAACAGGAAGAUUCCAGAAAGAGUUAGAGAAGCGGGAACAGCAGGGCAGAGUAAUCGAAAGGCAACAGAAAAAUCCUGAAGAGAAAACUGGCAAAGAGAAGAAAGACCCUGGGCCACCUACAGCCAAGGAAAAGAAGCCCACCACAGGAGAGAGGGGCCCAAGGGAGAAGGGUAAAGGUUUGGGAAGAAGCUUCAGCCUGAGUGCAAACUUUAAUAAUACUCCCGAGGAGAUUCCAUCAGGAGCAAAGACUCAUAGAUGCGAUGAGUGUGGGAAAUGUUUCACAAGAAGCUCAAGCCUUAUCCGCCAUAAAAUCAUCCACACUGGAGAGAAACCCUACGAAUGUAACGAGUGUGGGAAAGCCUUCAGUCUCAAUUCCAACCUUGUCCUACAUCAGCGAAUCCACACAGGAGAGAAACCGCAUGAAUGUAACGAGUGUGGCAAAGCCUUCAGUCAUAGCUCGAAUCUUAUCCUGCACCAGCGCAUCCACUCUGGAGAGAAGCCCUACGAAUGUAAUGAGUGUGGCAAAGCCUUCAGCCAGAGCUCAGACCUCACGAAGCACCAGAGAAUCCAUACAGGGGAGAAGCCCUAUGAAUGUAGUGAAUGUGGGAAAGCUUUCAACCGAAACUCAUACCUUAUUUUGCACCGGAGAAUUCACACCCGAGAAAAGCCCUACAAGUGCACUAAGUGUGGCAAGGCCUUCACCCGAAGCUCAACCCUCACAUUGCACCAUAGAAUCCAUGCCAGAGAAAGAGCAUCAGAAUACAGCCCAGCCUCUCUGGAUGCCUUUGGAGCAUUCCUGAAAAGUUGUGUGUAAAGCAGGAGUGUGUCAUCAAGCCAUUUCCCCCCUUUUGUUUCUGGAAUUAUGUCAGACCUACGUGCCCAUUGAGGGAAAAGUAAUAGCACCAUCCAAUUGUUUGAGAAGUCACACUUCAGGAUCCCUGAGAAGUACAUCAACGGUGUCCUGUAAUUCUUACAGUCCUUGCAAGGGAAAGCUGGUCGUGUGGGUGUUCUUCCACUCCAGAUAAAAGCGCACACACAGUAAAACGUCAAGCUUUCUAGUGAUGGGUAUAACUUUAAGAUUUGCUUCCCGGCAACCACACCAUGUAGUUGAUGAGUCAAGAUUAGCUCUGUGAAUAUUAAACUGAAGUUAAGAACCCACUUGCUGCAAACAGGCCUGUAUUUCUCAAUGAAGAGAGAUAGUUAAUACAAAAACUACAUUGGGACAUGCUGCUCAAGCAAGGUAUAUAUCCAGAAGGUUGUAUAUCCUAUCACUGGUAGCCUGCCAAAGCUAUAGAAAUCUAGGACUGUGCUGGUCAGAAUCAAACCAAAGAUUUCUAUCUCUUUCUGAAAGAGGGCAUAUGUACCAGUUUGUAGUUCCAAGGACUGUAACAAAUAUGGAGAGCACUCUCAGUGAGAUCAGUCCUACCUGCGGGAAUAGCAAUUCAAGAUGCUUCUCUUCCUCUUCAACAUCCCUAAAGCACUCUAGCACUCCUAAAUGCACUCUCCACAAAUUAGCACUUGAUUGUAUGGCAUCUUUUAAUCCUUCACAGUUCAGUGUUGGAAGCUUUUAUCAGUCACCACCACCUCCCCCAAAAAGGAUGCUUCAGUUGUCAAGAAAUAUAGUUCUGUUCCUGACAGCACAGCACUGGAUGUCGUACUGAACACACACAAGGCACUCCUUCUGAUGGACUUCUAACAGGACUAUCAUAUUUGUGCUGGAGUCUGUGAAUCAUGUGAGUACCUGAACUGCGGUACCUCCAGACCUAUAGGCCAUACUGUACCGUAUCCUAGGUCAGUGUUAUUUUUGUCCCAAAUAAACAGAAGCUUGGUUAACCACCUGCAGAGACUGCAAAUGUGGAUCAGCAAGCAGAUGCCACAGAAUGUCAGAAACGCUUCCUGUCGUCCACUCACAGGAGAAAACUGUGAACACUAACUAUAAAGUUUUGUUUGUACGACAUCAUUCCACGGCAAAGAUCUUGUUCCUGGCCAGAGUUCUUUUCAGUCAGCUGCUGAAUAGUGGUGUUUUGAGCACUUGCUGAGUUGUUCAAAACUUAGCUAAUGCUGUUCAAAAGAUGUGAUGGGUUUUUGUUGUUCUUUCAUUUGAUUUGGGGGGGGGGGAGAGUGGUAAUUUGUUUAUUUCUCAGAGAUAGGGAAAGUUAAAGGAAGCAUUUCCCCCCCGCAUUUAACCAUAAACUUACAGAAGCAUCUGUCAUCAUUAGCUGUCAAUAGCUGAAGAUGUCCUGUUGCUGUAAAAAGUUCACCACCACACUGGUAUGGUUGGUUGUGUCAACCACACAAUAGCACACAAUGUCUUUUCUAUUUCUCAUGAAAGACUGAUGUGAGGAAGUGAGGUUAGGGGACUUUAGUCUUUCGUAUCAUCUCUGCAGGUGGCUUCCCAGAAGCUCUUGAUGGAGACAUAAUGCAUACAGGAGACCCCCAUGUAUCGUACACUAUGCAGGAGUUGGGGGCUUGAAAAGACAGCUUUAUUCAAGAAAGCAUUGAGAUAGUGUGGACAGCCCUACAGAACCCUAGAAACAUAAGCUAAAGACAAACUUGAAGACUGUUGACGUGGAUGCCCCACAUACGGUUUGAGGUUUCCCCUCAAGAAACAACUAAAAUCAUCUUAACACCAGUUGUUCACUGACCAGCAGCAAAAGUCGGUGAGACACAAUAGCAGCAGGUCUCAUCAGGUUGGUGCCUGUGGCCUCUGCUCCAGGUCAAACUAGAACCCUACAAGCAAUCACCGGUCCCUGUGUGGCUUUAUUUCUUAGACCAGUCUGAGCUGUGUGCUCAGUGCUGCCUGUGAGUACUCUGUCCACCCAGCUGAAAAUCGGCAGAGCUACUCUGAAGAUUGCGCCCGACUCGCUUUCUGGGGUGAGGUGAAGGUAGAGAGAUGCUUUAAGGUUCUUCCUACGGACUGAGUCAUGGUAAUGGUGGACUUUUGUGGGAGAGUUCUGGCCUGCUAAAAAAUAAAAGGCAACUGAAAGAUACAGGACUCCAGGAGCUCAUCCAGACACUGGCUUUGAUCCCAAGAAAGAACUUUGGUCAUUUCCCUCUUGGCUGCUUAUACACAGUUAACUACAUGCUGACACACUUCAGCCAUUAGUCUUUGCUCUUAAGUGAAAUUAAGACAGACUUGUGCUCCUAACCCUCAUUUGAUUCCCAUUUUUGGGGGACAUCUAUUAGAUAGUCACUGGGAUGGCUUCAGAUCUUUCAGGGACGCAGUCCUGGAAGCAGCCACCUGAAGAUACAUUUUACUUAGAAAGCAGACUAUAGGUGGUUACCCAAAUUUCUUAGAUUCUCAGCAGUGUCACUGCAUCAUGGUCAAACAUGGUGACAUCUGUGGUUAGUGUUCAGGCUAGUUAACAGCUAAGUGCUUACUAGUUAACCAUCAACAUGCCAGUUGACAUGAUGGGACUUUUAAGACUUUAAAUGUACUUUAUGACAAAAGUCAGAUUCUUCAAGUUGUGACCUUUCUCCUCCAGCCUGGCAGGCAAGGCUAAGCAUAUAUGUGUGAGAUAACUUUAUAUGUAAAGCACUUGAUAUUAAAGGCAUAAACGUGAGAUUGUUAAA